CUCGCUUCCUCUCUCUCUCUCUCUCUUUCCUACCACUGCCUCUUCCUCCUCCUCUCUGCCCGCCUGCAGCGCCAAGCCGGCUCCCCGACCUGAUCUGCUGAACGCAAACCACUGAGAGUUUGUUUCGCCGUCCCCUGGGCCCCGGGGCUGCCGAGUCCCGCUCAGGCAAAGACGCAAGCUAGCGCAGCGGAAGAAAAACAAACGGGCGCGCAAGGGGAGCCCCAGGAGGGCGGCCGUGUGCUGGCUGGCAGGCGGCUGCCUCUGCUGUUCCUGGGUCGCCUCGCUUUGGCCACGGACAGCCGGGAGGAAGGGCGCUCCGAAAAGUUAGACUCCUAUCGGCCGUGCGCCGCGUCCACUCACGUCCCUUCCUCGCACGGCGCUCCAGAAAAAAAGAACUUGUUCUUCUCGCCGCUCCAGCCGCGAGCGAUUGCUGCGGUGAGCGGGGACCGAGUGCCACCGCGGGCCAAGGGGUGGAGAGCCGCGAGCCGGAGAGCGAGAGAGUGCGGCAGCUGGCCCAGGGCACGCGGAGGUGCCGGGUCCCCAUGCCGGCAGCCAACAUGAUGGAGAACCUGCAGCUGCCCGCCCUGCAGGUGCCCGAAUCCCAAGGCGCGCCCGAAGGCAGCCCGGUCUGGUCCAGCUCGUCGACCCCUACGCUUCGUCGCCGGCGCUUCAAGAUGCGCCGCAUGAAGAACGUGCAGGAGCAGAGCCUGGAGGCCGGGCUGACCCAAGACCUACCCAGCGUUUUGGCCCCUGGCAAGGAGUUCUUGCAGCUGCCGUCCAUCGAGAUCACGCCCUCCAGCGACGAGGACACCCCGUGGUCCAACUGUUCCACACCCAGCGCUUCUCCACGCCGCAAACGCUUCCUCCUCCGCAAGUGGCUGAGGGUCAGGGAGAGGAAGGAGUGCAGUGAAAGCAGCAGCCAGCAGAGUAGCCUGCAGAGCAGCCACGAGGAGGAUGCAAGCAGAUUCCUGAGCCCUCCAACACGGGAAGAAAGCACUGCCAGUAACUCAAACCGCAGCACGCCAGCCUGCUCCCCGAUCCUCCGGAAGCGGUCCCGCUCGCCAACCCCACAGAACCAGGACGGAGACGCCAUGGUGGAGAAGGGCUCGGACCACUCAUCGGAUAAGUCCCCGUCCACCCCGGAGCAGGGUGUGCAGCGUAGCUGCUCCUCCCAGUCCGGCCGCAGUGGGGGAAAGAAUUCCAAGAAAAGCCAGAGUUGGUAUAAUGUGUUAAGUCCCACAUAUAAGCAGAGAAAUGAAGACUUCAGAAAGCUCUUUAAGCAACUUCCAGACACGGAGCGCCUCAUCGUUGAUUACUCAUGUGCACUCCAAAGAGACAUUCUUCUUCAGGGCCGACUCUACCUCUCUGAAAAUUGGAUUUGCUUCUACAGCAACAUCUUCCGCUGGGAAACCCUGCUGACAGUUCGUUUGAAAGACAUUUGCUCCAUGACUAAAGAAAAAACAGCUCGCCUCAUUCCCAACGCCAUCCAAGUUUGCACUGAUUCAGAAAAGCACUUUUUCACGUCUUUUGGAGCCCGGGAUAGGACGUACAUGAUGAUGUUCCGGCUGUGGCAGAAUGCUCUCCUGGAUAAGCCUCUGUGCCCCAAGGAACUCUGGCACUUUGUUCACCAGUGCUACGGGAACGAGCUGGGCCUGACCAGUGACGAUGAGGACUAUGUGCCCCCUGAUGAUGACUUCAACACGAUGGGCUACUGCGAGGAGAUCCCCGUAGAAGAGAAUGAAGUUAAUGACAGCUCCUCCAAAAGCAGCAUAGAGACCAAGCCAGAUGCAAGUCCUCAGCUGCCCAAGAAAUCCAUCACCAACAGCACUCUGACAUCCACAGGGAGCAGUGAAGCCCCUGUCUCGUUCGAUGGCUUGCCCUUGGAGGAAGAGGUGCUAGAGGGCGAUGGGUCCCUGGAGAAGGAGCUCGCCAUUGACAACAUCAUAGGGGAGAAGAUGGACAUCAUCGCACCUGUAAACUCUCCAUCGUUGGACUUCAAUGACAAUGAAGACAUCCCCACGGAGCUCAGCGACUCUUCUGACACACACGAUGAAGGGGAGGUCCAGGCCUUCUAUGAGGACCUGAGUGGCCGGCAGUACGUGAAUGAAGUCUUCAACUUCAGUGUGGAUAAGCUCUAUGACCUUCUCUUCACCACCUCGCCCUUCCUGCGGGACUUCAUGGAGCAGCGGCGCUUUUCCGAUAUCAUCUUCCACCCGUGGAAGAAGGAAGAGAAUGGAAACCAGAGCCGCGUCAUUCUCUACACCAUCACCCUUACCAACCCUCUGGCUCCUAAAACUGCCACGGUCAGAGAGACUCAGACCAUGUACAAGGCGAGCCAGGAGAGUGAAUGUUAUGUGAUUGACGCCGAAGUCCUCACCCAUGAUGUACCAUAUCACGACUACUUCUACACCAUCAACCGCUACACACUCACCCGUGUGGCUCGCAACAAGAGCCGGCUCAGGGUCUCCACAGAGCUGCGCUACCGAAAACAGCCCUGGGGGUUGGUGAAAACCUUCAUCGAGAAGAACUUCUGGAGUGGACUGGAGGACUACUUCCGCCAUCUAGAGAGCGAACUGACCAAAACAGAGAGCACCUACCUGGCUGAGAUGCACAGACAGUCUCCCAAAGAGAAAGCCAGCAAACCCCCAACGGUGCGGAGGAGGAAGCGUCCCCACGCCCACCUGCGGGUGCCUCACCUGGAAGAGGUGAUGAGCCCCGUCACCACACCCACUGAUGAAGAUGUGGGUCAUAGAAUCAAGCACGUGGCAGGUUCCACGCAGACUCGACAUAUCCCUGAAGAUACUCCCAAUGGCUUCCACCUACAGAGCGUGUCCAAGUUGCUGCUGGUUAUCAGCUGUGUUCUGGUGCUGCUGGUCAUCCUUAACAUGAUGCUCUUCUACAAGCUCUGGAUGCUGGAAUAUACCACCCAGACCCUCACUGCCUGGCAGGGUCUGAGGCUCCAAGAAAGGGGUCUGGGAGCACAGGACAGUCCACUGAGCAUAACUCCAGCUGCUGGGGUGCCCCUUCUUCUACCCCACAGGUUACCCCAGUCUCAGACAGAGUGGGCCCAGCUCUUAGAGUCUCAACAAAAGUAUCAUGAUACUGAACUCCAAAAAUGGAGAGAGAUCAUCAAAUCCUCAGUGAUGCUCCUUGACCAGAUGAAGGACUCCCUCAUCAAUCUUCAGAAUGGCAUCAGGUCACGUGACUACACAUCGGAAAGCGAAGAGAAGAGGAACCGCUAUCAUUGACAAGGCAGGAACAGGGGUGGCUGCAAGCAGCCUGUGCAAUACAUGUACAUAGACCAUAUAAAUAUAUAUAUAAAUAUAUAUAUAUACAGAAUAUAAAUAUAUAUAUAUUAUAUACAGAUUUUAAAAAGAGAUGACGCCUAUGUACCAGGGAGAAGGAGCGGGCCCUCCCGCCCCUGUGCCGGCUGGAGCAGUGCUGUCCCUGAUGGAGGAGCCGAGGAGGGCAGGGAGCACCUCUCAGCACCGACCUCCCCUCCGUUCCCUUCCCCUUUCCCUUGCUGGCCAUUCUUGGCUCUUAGAAGGGAAAUGUUGUUGAGCCAAAGUCACGCCUGUGAAAACCCGAGGGUCUUGGAAUCUCAAGGGGGCAUUGCUUAAGGUGCUUCAUUCCUUAAUCCGCUUUUGAUUUGUU